AGAUGGCUGCCAUCCGGAAGAAGCUGGUGAUCGUGGGGGACGGUGCCUGUGGGAAGACGUGCCUGCUCAUCGUCUUCAGCAAGGACCAGUUCCCCGAGGUGUACGUGCCCACGGUGUUCGAGAACUACGUGGCCGACAUCGAGGUGGACAACAAGCAGGUGGAGCUGGCACUGUGGGACACGGCCGGGCAGGAGGACUACGACCGGCUGCGGCCGCUCUCCUACCCCGACACGGACGUCAUCCUCAUGUGCUUCUCCAUCGACAGCCCUGACAGCCUCGAGAACAUUCCCGAAAAGUGGACCCCGGAGGUGAAGCACUUCUGCCCCAACGUGCCCAUCAUCCUCGUGGGGAACAAGAAGGACCUGCGGCAGGACGAGCACACGCGCCGGGAGCUGGCCAAGAUGAAGCAGGAGCCGGUGCGGCCCGAGGAAGGCCGGGACAUGGCCAAUCAGAUCAGCGCCUUCGGCUACCUGGAGUGCUCCGCCAAGACCAAGGACGGGGUGAGGGAGGUGUUCGAGAUGGCCACGCGAGCUGCCCUGCAGGCCAAGCGGGGCCGCAAGAAGACAUCCUGCAGUGUGCUCUAAUCCAAUAAAUAGUUGUAGCCCGUU